UUCCCUACCCUUCUGUACCACUCGCAAACUAGCACUGCACAGAUGGGCCCACCGCCUCUCCUGUAUGCUCUCGUAUGGGCAGCAGUAUGUAUGAUGGCCAAAGCACAGCAGCCAAACUUUCUGGUGGUUGCCCCUCGUAUCUUGCAUGUGGGUGUAAAGGAGGUAAUCGGGAUACAGUUUGAGUGGCCACAAGGCUCCUUACCCCCAGCAGGUGAUAUCAAGGUGGAACUUUCCUUGCGGAAUCAAUUAUCAAUGAUUGGCUGCUCGGGCGAAGAAAAGCUCUUCCUGAACAAAAGAAAUGACUAUACUAUAUUAACAAAUCUAAUGCUUACUUCUCAGCAAUUAAUCACUUGCAAGCUGAAUGAGAGAAGAUCUGGCCGAUAUGUUCAGCUGGUUGUAAAAAGUGAUGUUCUUGGAAAGCAGCCGAAGGUAGUUUCAAUUCCUGUAGCCUAUCAGAGGGGGUACCUGUUUAUACAGACAGACAAGAGUAUAUACACCCCAAAAGAGACAGUUCACAUUAGAUCGUUCACUCUGGAUCAUGUGCUGCGGCCAACAGAAGAGCAGGUCACAUUGUCAGUGUUUAAUGCACAAGGUUUUCAAGUGAGGAAGGUUGAAAAGAUUUCUAAGGACUCAGUAGUUGCAGAUAAUCUUCAAAUUCCUGAUAUCUCCACACCCGGUGUGUGGAGAAUAUCUGCCCAUUACACAGAUGCUCCAGAAACAAAUUUUACUGCUGAGUUUGAAGUGAAACCAUACGUGCUGCCUAACUUUGAAGUGAAGAUAAUACCAGAGGUCCCCUAUUUCCUUAUGACUAAGGACUCCUUUACCUUUAGGGUAGAAGCCAGGUAUGUGUAUGGUGAGCAUGUAGCCGGUGUGGCGUAUAUGCGGGUGGGAAUUACAGCUCAGAAUGGGAAAAGAUACAUGCUAAGAGGUCUGGAAAAACAAACAACGCUGAUUGAUGGAGACACUACUGUAACAAUACGUAUGGCUGACAUCAAAGAGAAGAUACAACAGGACAUGGGGAACUUGCUGGGGACAAGCCUCUACUUUGCUGCUAGUGUGGUAGAGAAAGCUUCUGGAGUUCUAGAAGAAAAGGAGUUUACCUCUGUGAAAUUUGUAUCAUCUCCCUACAAGUUGGAUUUGUCCAAAACCAAGAGAUAUUUUAUCCCAGGAACUCCAGCACAAAUUGUGGUGGAAGUAUCUCACAUAGAUGGUUCUCCUGCAGCGGGUGUCAGUGUCAGCUUGUCCAAGUCAAAUGCACAACUGUUUGAAUACAAAACUGAUAACAAUGGUGUUGUAGCCUUUCAUGUUAACACAGCUUCAGAUGAGAAAAAAUGUGACAUCAGGGUCAAAGCCAAUUCUGAUUCAGGUUCAGAAACUGAGAGUAUAACACUUCUUCCAUACACAUCCAAAGCGAGCAGCUACCUUUUCUUAAAUGUACCUAAUCAAGUUUUGGAUCCUGGUAGCAGCUUUAAAGUCACAUUAAAGGCAAUAAUAUCCAAUAAGCAAAAUGUUGAGAAAAUCUAUUAUAUGGUGUUAAAUAAGGGUCAGCUUCUCUCUCUGGAUUCCAUUCGAAGGACUGAAGUCAAUGAAAUGUUAAUUACUGUCAAGCCCUCCAUGAUUCCUUCUUUUCGGGUCAUUGCCUACUAUUACCUUGGGUCUGAAAUCAUUUCAAAUUCAGUUUGGGUUGAUGUUGCAGAUGUCUGUGAAGGCAAGCUGGAAUUACAUGCAAGCAAACAGAUUCUUGCACCAGGAGAAGCAUUGAAACUGGAUGUGAGGACAGAAGGCACGGCCACUGUUUCUCUUUCUGCAGUGGACACGGCUGUAUAUAUACUAAACUCCAAAAACAAAUUGACACCACAGAAGAUGUUCAAGGCAAUGAAUGCUUAUGAUUUGGGCUGCUCUCCAGGAGGCGGAAAGGAUUUCAUCAAUGUCUUUACUGAUGCAGGACUUGCAUUUGUGUCCUCUGCUGGAUACAGCCAAAUAAAUGAGCUUGGUUGCAGAGUUCACCAGAGGAAGAAACGGGCAAUAGAUUUCCAAGCUCUUACACAACAGAAAGCCUACUCAUACACCACUACAGAACUCCAGCGCUGCUGCCAGCAUGGGAUGAUGCUUCCACCAGGAAAGAUGUCCAGGGUCUGCACUAAGCGUGCUGCACGUGUCCCUGACCCCACCUGCCGUAAAGCUUUCCUUGACUGCUGUGAAUACGCUGAGAAUCUCCGCAAACAAAUAACUCUUGAAAGACGCAAAACACAAGGGUUUGGAAGGACUCAGAAUGUGGAUGGAUCUGAUGAGGACUUUGCAGAUGAAAGUGAUAUUCAGAUUCGCUCUUUCUUUCCUGAGACCUGGUUGUGGAGGACAGUUAAGGUUUACAAUGGAUUAUUCAGUGAAGCUGUGUAUAUGCCAGACUCAAUCACCACGUGGGAGAUUCAGGCUAUAGGAAUGUCUCGAGAGAAAGGUUUCUGCAUUGCAGAGCCACUCAAGGUAAAAGUGUUUAAGGAUUUUCAUAUCUACUUGAGAGUCCCCUACUCUGUGAAACGAUUUGAACAGAUGGAGCUGAGGCCUAUAUUAUAUAACUACAAUAAUAAAGAUUUAGAGGUGAAGGUUUACAUGGAGCAGGCAGAAGACAUUUGCAGUCCAGGCUCUGGAGACUCCAAGCCACUAAUAAAGGAAGUGACUGUAGGUGCAAAUUCUGCUCUUCCGGUCCCUUUUGUUGUGGUCCCAAUAGGAAAGUCCAACCCAGUGGUGUCUGUGGUGGCUCUUGGGAGGUCUUUUGUUUCUGAUGGUGUAAAGAAAGCAAUGAAGAUUGUGAAAGAAGGUGCUUCUGUUUUUGAGGAGAAAUCCUACAUUAUUGACCCUGCUGACAUUACAAGGAGAUCCAUUGAUUUUGAUGAAGAGUUCCCUUCCAACAUGAUUCCAGACGGAGAUUUCCGUUCCAGUAUAAAAGUGACUAUGGACUCCUCAAUGAAUACCAUAAACAACAGUCUGGGUGCUGAUGGAAUAAGCAAGUUGAUUCGUGUCCCAUAUGGAUGUGCUGAACAAACCAUGAUUUCCACCUCUCCUGGAGUGUAUGCUCUGCGGUAUCUUGAUCACACUGAGAAGUGGAACCUUCUCUCUCCGGAUAGAAAAGACGAGGGAUUGGAGAAUAUGCGCCAGGGAUAUCUGCGAAUAUUACAGUUUAAGAAAGCAGAUGGAUCAUAUGGAGCUUGGCUUCACAGAACCAGCAGCACUUGGCUCACUGCUUUUGUGGUUAAGGUGCUGUCCCUCUGUCGUAACUACAUUGAUGUUAAUGUGGAAGACAUACGCCUUUCUGCACAGUAUCUCGCCACAAUGCAAAAGGACACAGGGGCUUUCCAAGAGAAGGUGUCUGUAAUCCACCAAGACAUGCUUGGAGGUUCUACCACCAUAGAUGCUGAGGUCUCAAUCACAGCAUAUGUCACAGUGUCGCUCUAUCAUUCACUGGAUUCUCUGUCUGAAGAUAAUGUUGCAGUGAAGAGCAAAAUAAGCAAAGCGGUUGAUUACCUACGUGGAAAGCUGGAUACCAUCAAACACCCAUAUUCCUUAGCUCUUACGACAUAUGCUCUCACUCUCACAUCCAAGGAUUCUGUUCUAAAGGACAAAGCCUACAACAAACUCAUGUCUCAUGCCCAAGGAGACCCCAACAAGAAGGAAUUAUAUUUUGGACCUAAGGGCACGGCUCUAGCUGUGGAAACAACCUCAUAUGUUCUGCUGAUCACACUGCUGCGGGGAAACAUAAAAGAUGCUGAAAAAAUGUAUACUUGGUUAUCGGAGCAACAGAAUUAUGGAGGAGGGUUCAAAUCUACACAGGACACAGUGAUGGCGCUAGAAGCUCUAUCUGAAUACUGGAUUCGCACAUUUAAGCAGGAUGAUAACGCCUUAGAAAUUGAAGUAAACUCUUUGGAAAAACAGCACAGCCAGAAAUUUAAAUUACGAAAAGAGGACAACCUGCAGGAGGAACUGAGAUCAAUGGGAACAAAGUUUAAUAUAAAGGUUUCUGGAAAAGGCAAAGGGAUUCUCACAGUUAUAAAGAUGUAUAACAUACUACAGAUGCAGAACACAUCAUGUACAGAGCUGGGAUUAGAUGUGACUGUGAGUGAUGCAUGUGAGGAAGCAGGAACGAAUGAAGAUGAUGAUUAUGACUAUGAUGAAGAGAUGGCUGAUGAACCCAGAGAGCCAAUUGUUUGGCAUGACCUCCGUCGCAGAUCACGGCGAGAAGCCACAUUUACAAAGGAGAAAGAGGUCAAGUUGUUAUAUGAAGUGUGUCUGUGGAAAAAGUCCUCCAACGUUCGCCUCUCUGGAAUGGCUAUUGUAGAUAUCACUUUGCUUAGUGGUAUUGAACCUGUUAUUGAUGAUCUAAAAAAGCUUGCAGAGAGCUCAGAGCGGUAUAUCAGUCAUUAUGAAUACCAGCCUGGAAGACUCCUCUUGUAUUUUGACAAAGUUCCUGACACUUGGGAUUGUGUGGCUUUUGAAGCAGUUCAGACAGUCAAGGUCUCUCUCCUACAGCCGGCAUCUGCUGUCAUAUAUGAUUUCUAUGAGCCAAACAUCAAAUGUACAGUAUUCUAUGGAGCCCCAUCAAAGCCAAACUUUGUUAGUACCUUGUGCUCAGGAGAUGUCUGCCAGUGUGCAGAAGGUCUAUGUCCAAAAAAGAUAAGUUCAUUUAAGUCAACAGAGACAGAACGUCAAACAUUUGCAUGUUACAGUCCAAGGGUUGUGUUUGGGUACCGUGUGAUGGUGGAGAACAUUGCAGAACAAGAUGCAUUUAUAGUCUAUACUGCCAGGAUUCUGGAAGUUCUGCAAAGGAAUUCUGAUGAGGAUAUUAAAGCUGAAGACACCCGGCUUUUCUACCAGCGCAUGUCAUGCAAAAUGCGCUUGGCCAAAGAAACAGAAUAUCUAAUCAUGGGACAGGAUGGAGUCACCAAGAACGAACAUGGACACAUACGGUACAUUCUGGAUAAAAAUUUUUGGGUGGAAGAGUUGCCAGGAGAGCAGAAGUGUGCUGCCACUCGAUAUCGCAACUUCUGCACUGAUGCCAGGAAUUUUAUGGACAAAUACAAGGAGAAUGGCUGCAUGGUGUGAUCCUGAACUCCCUGUACCUUUAAAUAUCAUGCUUCUACCUAUACUAUAUUGUUUUUCUAUGCAUACCACCUGAAUCAUCUGUAUUAACUGUAACUGUCUAAUAAAAAUAUAUACAGUG